UCACCCCACAACCAUCCACAGCAAGGUCGACCAGAUCUCGCUGCUCUACAGUGAGAUAAGAGAGAAACUCACAGACGGCAGCAAGGCUAGACACACUAUAGAGGCAGACGCUCUUCAGUGAUGUCAGUCCGCCCAGAAGCGGGCUGAGCUUGCUACUGGCGGCACGCAGGUCAGCCAGGGACAGCAAGAAAAAGGACAUGCUCAGGUGCUCGACAGCGGGGAAGCAUCGGCUGGUCGCCCCGUUCCUCUCCGUCAACCAUGUGGGGAUGCUGUCGAUCAAUGCCGAUGUUCUCGCGUCCUCGUCGGCAAAUAUGCUGAUUCUCCUGGCCUUGUGGAAGAUGAGCUUGUCACGCCAUGAGUCGUGCAGCGCUGUGCCACCGAGCUUCAACACAAUCUGUGGCAUUGGGACACACAGACAGAUUGGGACACACACAGACACACAGAGACAGCGCUGCACACCCUCUCUGGUGCACUCCUUCCCUCCCUCCCUCCCUCCGUGUCUGUGCGUUCCUUACCCCUGUUGCAUCGGCCACCAGCUGUCUUGUGAUCUCUCCGUAAAGGCCGGGCGCUGGAGGGGCAAUGGCAUCGCUGUUGCUGCAGUCGAUCGUCAAGCUCUCGCACGACGGUCGCCAAUCGAGCUGGCACUUGACGUCGUCCGCCCACCUACGGAAUGCCUCGAUGGUGAAUGCCACCUGCUGGCCGUAGUCCACACCGAUCGAGGCAUCCACCACGAAGUCGAGCUUCUUCGGCACCUCUGCAACGGGUAAGCCACAUACAUGCAAGUCAUCUGCCCCCCCUGACUGAAGUGAUUGGGUGUUUGUGGUCACGUACCUUUCUUCUCUGGUUGGCUCCAGUGUCGGUUGAGGGUGUCCUUGAGCUGAGUGAGGCAGCCGAAGUCGAUGCCGAUCCCGAUGCCGGUGACGGUGGUGAGGAAGGGGCACUUGGCGAGGGCAUCGAGGAACUUGGCCCACUGGUCAUUGUCGAAUUCUAUCAGCCAGUCGGCCUCCAGCCGCUCGAUCUUGGGCGACUGGCGGAGCAGACGCACCAGGGAGGCGGCAUCCUCACUGCGGAUGCAACCGGGGCGGCGCAGUGUGCUGAGUGCCGGGAACCUCCACCCGAGAUCACUGCAGACACACAGACGUCGUCCUAAGAGAUGAAUGACUACGCUAUUGCGUCAACGCUGACUCCCCUCUGUGCGUAUCUGAUGAGCUUAAGCCCUCCGGCCCAACGGACGUCCAGGUCGGUGACGGAUGAGAACACGAUGGGCUCGGCAUCCGACGUCCUUGAGCCGUACAUGAAGUCCAGGGUGAUCUUCCUGAUUGAGUCCUUGUUGGCCCCCAGCAGCUUCGGCACCACAGGCGGGAUCCAGGGGACAUGAGCCACCUGGGUCUUGCCCUGUACACACACACACACACAGACACAGACGACAGGUCGCGUCCCACCAUUUGUGUGUUAUCCAUUCGUUCAUGUGUCCACGCCACCUCUCUCACCAAGUGCUUCGUAUCCUUGUUCACGUCCCGAAUCUUGCUGUAGCUUUCCCCCUCGUCACACGUCAUGGUGAAGUGUCGGAAUACGCCGAAGGUCUCGUCGGUGGCCAUCGUGUGGAUGUCCUUGUUGACCUUGGCCAGCCGGGCUGCCGUCUUGGUGGUGACGAAGGAGCCCAUGUUGCUGAAGACGUCCUCAGGCAGACCCGACAGACACGGACGACCGUAUUUCUGACACACACAUGCAGACAUGUGCACACUGGUAGAGGUCAUGGUGUCUGCCACUUCUCUGUGCCAGUCACCUUGGGCUUCUUCAUCGGCUUUUUUGUCCGCUCUGCAGGACCACACACAUCCACCGACCCACCUGAAGGUACCGUACCACACACACAGCACAACAAACAAGGCAUAGAGCAGUCAUGCCGGUGCGGUGCAGACGAUCCGAUCCAUCAUUGGGUUGGUGUACCUGCGGCAGCAGCAGCGGCAGCCGGCUCGACAUCUACAGGUCUACGCUUGCUCUCGCCCUCAUCACCAGCAGACACCUGGAUGAACACAACUCAAAGAAGCAGCACGGAUGGGACGCCAUCGCCAUGAGCUGAGCUGGUCCACCUGUGUGCGUUGCAGUUUUGCCUGUCCUUACCGCUGUGGAUUUCUGUGGUUUGGUGGCAGUCCCAACCACUGCACCGCCCGGCCUGCUGUCAUUGACAUUGCUAUGCCAUCGGAACCCCUUGCCGCCAAUGCGCUGACAUAGACACACAGAGGAGAGUGAUCGGCCAGUGUGAGCCAUUCAUUCAGCCGUCAUCCCAUCCUUACCGCCAGGCCUUUGGUGAGGGCCGAGUCGGUGUCGCUGAGAGUGUUCCGAACGGCUGCCAGACUGUCCGGCUGCCACAGACAGCAACACGAAAACACACUGAGUGGUGCUGUUCGGGUGGCUGUGUGGUGCUUCGUGCGGACCUGUGUGGCGUUGUCGCUUUGUAAGGCUAUGAUGUGGUCCGCCCGCUCAGCAUCAGAGGCAAUCUGAGAGGCGACCUGCACGGCAGAAGAGCCAACAACACAGUGACGUCACUCAUGCUGUGUGUGUGGAGCCCUUUUUCCCCCGCUCACCGACUGUAUCUGUUGCAGAAGCUCUCGAGAGCUACCACAGCCAUGAUCGGCACCCUGCCCGCCGCCCUGCUCACCUGCAGCACACAUCGUCCGGAAGAAUAAGGCAUGACACACCGUCCAUCAGUUGUGUGUGUGGUGAUGACGGUGUGACCUGCAGAGGCAGCCGGGCUGUCAGCUUUGUCUAUAUCCAUCGGAGCACUGUCUAAGUCCAUCAAUCCGCUUUCAGCGCCUCUCCUGACUAACACACCGAAUUAACACGAAUGACUAUUUUGUUUUUCUGCAUCUCGUCUGCCCUGCCUGCCGGCCUGCCUGUCUCCCUUCCUCAGCGUGUCUGUUUGCUUGCCUGUUUGGCUGAUGGUCAGCGCCGCUGAGAUGAGAUGACAGUGAUCAAAACACCGCCCCGCAUUCCACUGACAUACAUCCUUCUCUGCGAUAGUCAAUCGCCAAAGUGUACUCUCCUUCCUUUCUGAGCUCGCAACGUAAAGGGAAUGAACAUGGGCCUGUCAGCCGCCUCCAGCUGGCUGGUUCGACCAACCAGCCGCCCCGUUUGUAUACGGGGACGUGUCUUUUCACCUGGCGAAGACCAUUGCCAGGUGCAAAGACAUGCCUUCCAGCUGACGUUCCAUUGCGAGGUUUGCCUCUUGGACAGUGCUGGGCUGCAUGCCGGCGGCCUCCAUUCUCCAGAGCAGCUCUGACGCCUUGUGUCCUGACGCUGAUCGAUUGAUGCACACACAGAUACUAAGGAUGCUUGGGUUGUCACUAGGUGAAUUCACAUAUUCAUCUUUAUGUGCCGAAUCCGUAUCUGUAUCAGGCAGAAUAGGGGAGACAUGUUCGCCCCCACCCAGACCCACCCACCUGGUCACACAAUAGCUGCCUUUUCUUGUCGCACUCCAGGGGGCGCCCUUAAUAUGUGCACAACAAGAUGCCCUCUGCUCAUCUCUUCUAUCCUCCCUUACUCUCUUUCUAUGUGUCUCUGUCCAUGGAUGUCGUCGCGCUCGUUCUUGAAGCGCCCAUCCGAACAGAAGAUCGAUGAACAUCAGACAAACAUACUGGCUGGCUGAUACAGAGCAGCAGGAGCCGUUAGUGGACAGGGCGGCGUGUGGCUGUUCUUAGUGAGUGACCUUCUUCUCGGCCAAGCCAAUGAUGAGUGUAGUCCUUGGUGUCUUGAGCCGCAUUGAAACAGAUCCGUGAACGCCGCCGCAACCCAACCAU